UACGUCAUUACGUACUCCUUUACGGCAACAGUGACUCAAAAUGGAGUAACCAGCAAAAACAUCAAGCUAGCUUGCUAAUUAAUUAGGGGCAUCAUCUUAUCUCUAAAGUUAAAUUCAUCGUAUUGCUAGCUGAGGUAAUAAUUGUAUCAGUAUGGCUGAUAAGAAGAAACCGGACUCUUUCCAUUACUUCAUGAGUUACGAUGAUUUGAGUGACAGUAGCGAUAGUAACAGCAGCGAUUCUGAUGAAGCGGGCCAGAAGAAAUCAAGGGGGAAGGGGGGGACCGAUGCUACUGGAAGCGGUAGCAAAUCUCCCCAACACGGGACCAAGCGGGCUGCCAGUGGAGCUCCUCUGCCAAAACCCGACGAGCUCUUCAAAUCAGUCUCUAAGCCGUCCUUUCUGUACAACCCGCUGAAUAAACAGAUCGAUUGGGAGAGCCGCGCCGUGAAAGCUCCAGAAGAGCCUGCAAAGGAGUUCAAGGUGUGGAAGACGAACGCGGUGCCCCCUCCUCAGACCUACGCCGCGGAAGCGGAGAAGCCCAAGAAGGGAGCUCCCCCAGGGAUGGACAUGGCCAUAAAGUGGUCCAACAUCUACGAAGAUAAUGGAGAAGACGCUCCACAGCCUCACACCGGCAAUGCUGUCUUCCUGCCCACAGAGGAACAGCCAUCAGAUUCAGACGAGGACGGAGACAAGGCCUCGGCGAAGAAGCGUAGGGUGGAGAGCUUCCAGCAGAAGGAGAAGAGGAAGAGGGAUCUGGGCCAGGCCACAUCUGACAAGAGCUUCGUAGAGGAAGAGAAGAGGAUCCUCAGGCAGAAUGCGGAUUGAGGCCCGGAUUGAGGCCCAGAUCUGGUGUGAAGCUCGGGUCUGGCUGCCCUAAGCCUCUGUGACUGUCCUGCAGCUUUGCCCCAGACACCCAACACUAUCCCUUCUUCUCCUCUGUGUCCAGCCACUGGUUAUGUGAAUGGUCCAGUACUCGUCUACCUAGGACACAUGAUAUAGAUGUUAUUGUUCUGAAAACAUUUGGACUGUUAUUUUUAAUCCCUUGUUAUAUCUUUGAGCAUAUUAUCCAAACACUAGUGGAAAACGCACGUAUUACUGAGUGUGUCUAGGUAUUGAUCAAUGUUUCGUUGUAAAUAGACGACCACCUGAUCUACAUAAUAUAGUCUCUGGACUGCGUUGGGCAAAUCAAUGUGUUCGUAUGUUUGGAUCAUGAGCAGAUGUAUUUUUUUAUAUGGCAACUUAUUUUUGAAUAGCAAGAAAUGUAUGGUAAAAAACAUUUAGAUUAUUACUGUCUCUACAUGUCGAGACAUUAGGUCAAGAAAGACUGCAUUUGCUAGAGUAAUAAACUGUUCCUCAACAUGUAAUAUUCGCUAGAUGGCAGCCUUGAGCCACAUUUGGUACACAACCUUUUCACUGGUGGGGAGUAGUAUCUUAAAUGUUGCCAUGUCUUUUAAUGCGUCUAUACAAUAUGUAUACAGUUAACCACACACUGACAGUUUUGUCUGUUUUGUAGUAAAUUCUGUUGUCUUACACAACUGAUGCAAUAAAUGGAAUGUGAAUAUAA